AUGGAAAAAGGAAUGCAAAAACUUUCUAUACAACAGAAUUCUUUGCAAAUUCCCUGCAGACAAGGUAUAGGAACCAUUGGUCCAAAAGUUGAGCUUCGUGCUAAUUAUGUUAAAGUUAAAGAGGUCCCAAAUUUAAAACUUCUUCAGUAUAAUUUUGAUGUCAUUACAUCUCGUGAUAGACAAGCGAAUAGAUCAGUUCGAGGAAAAGUUUUCGUUGAAAUGGUUAAACAAAAUAAAUUUGGUAAAUGUAUACCGGUAUAUGAUUGGAAUGAUUUGAUUUAUUGUUCAGCUAGAUUACCAACUAUUGGAAAAGAAGUAAUUAUUCCACCAAGUGAAGAUGGUUAUGAUAGACCUACACCAUUCACCGUAAAAGUUACCUAUCACAAAGAAAUUAAUUUACAAGUUUUAAGGGAUUAUAUUACUUCAGAGAAAGUACCGCAAGGAUCAGAUGAUUAUGUUCAAACUUGUGUUCACGCGCUUAAUGCAUACAUAAAUUACAAGGUGCGAACAAGUUUUUUAUCAGUUGGAAGAGGAAUUUAUCCCCCUAUCAAUGAGGAAAGAAGAAUUUUGUUACAAAGUGGAGAAGAAUUAAGAAAAGGAUUUUGUCAAUCUUUGAGAAUCGGAUGGAAAGAGCUUCUUGUUAACGUCGACACGUGUUCUGGCGUUUUUUUUCCACCUGGAAAUGUUGUAAAUGUUAUUGGUGGUCUCAUAAGAUACAGCGAAAGUGAUAUGAAAUUGGGACUUUAUGAUGAAGAAAGAAAUUUUUUAAAUAAGAUGUUGAAAGGAAUAAAAAUUUUCGUCCGGUAUCGUGAUGAUAAAAGGGAUAAUUUUACUAUUGAUGGCUUAACACGUGAAUCAGCAGAUACGACUACAUUUAAUGGCCAAGAUAACAAAAGUUCGACAGUUAGUCAAUACUUCCAGGAAACAUAUGGAAAAAAGCUUGAAUUUGGAAAGUUGCCUUGUAUCAUUGUUAAGAAAAAAAUUUAUCUUCCUCUAGAAGUCUGUGAAAUUAUACCAGACCAACCUUUCAGAGGUAAUAUCAGUGAGAAUGCUCGCGCCGAAAUGAUAAAACAUACAUGUGUCAAACCCGCUGAUCGUUUUAGAACCAUUGAUGAUUCAUUUCGAAAUUUCUUUCGUUAUGAUCAAAAUGAGCAUUUGAAAUCGAUUAAUAUGAAUAUUGAUAUUAAUACAAGGGUCGUAGUUGAAGGACGUCGUCUUCCUCCUGUAAAUUUGAGAUUUAUUGAAAGUAAAGGUCGGCAAGUUUCAGUUCCAGCUGAAGUACCUGUACCAGAUGCACGCUGGAAUUAUGUAAAUCGAAAAUUUCUUGAUCCCAAGACUAUAGUUAAUUGGUCCGUAUUAUUAUUGACCAAAGAUCAUCCGAGAAUUGUUGAUGAUUUUAUGCGAAAAUUUCGCGACGUUCUAAUUAAUAAGGGAAUGAAUGUUGUGGAUGUCCCAAAAGUAGUUCCUUUUUUUAGGCAAAGAAAGAUCGAGGAGGGAUUAGCUUUGGCUAUUAAAAGCGCUAGCAUAGUUAAGGAUAUGCCACGGUUGGUUAUAGUCAUAAUGUCAGAUCGAUCCUCUUUAUAUGGUGAAAUCAAACGUUAUGAAGAAGCUGGUAUGGGUGUGAUUACUCAAGUCAUAUUGUCCAAACAUUUUAAAAAGUCAAACGAGCAACUAUUUGUAAAUAUUGGCUUAAAAAUCAAUAAAAAACUUGGAGGGAACAAUUGUUCACUCUCAAAUAAACAGCAGAUGAGUUUUAUAUCUUCGGCACCGACAAUGGUGUUUGGUGCAGAUGUAUACCAUUCAGGUAAAAAUGAACAAAGUGUACCUAGCAUUGCUGCAGUUUGCGCUUCCAUGGAUCAAGAUGCUAUUGUUUAUGGUCACACGUAUAGUAUGAACAAAAAGCCACGUAAUGAAACGAUUGAAGAUUUAGAAGAAAUGGUAUCUGACCUAAUAAAAACUUUCAAGAAUAGAAAUGGUUGUUUUCCUCAAAAAAUUUUAUUCUAUCGUGAUGGAGUUAGCGAGGGGCAAUUUAAGAAAGUUUUAGAAGAAGAGGUGAAAGCAAUGAAAAAAGCUUUUGAAAAUGUUUGCGGCAAUAGAAUUCCAAAAUUGACUUUUGUUAUUGUGCAGAAAAGGCAUAACACUAGGUUUAUGCCAACUAAUACACGUGAAGCUGAUCGUCUUGGUAAUUGCAAACCAGGAACAGUUGUUGAUACAGGGGUUGUAGCGAAACAUGAAUUUGAUUUUUUCCUGCAAUCUCAUGCCAGCCUUCAAGGUACUGCGCGUUCAGCCCAUUAUCGUGUAUUGGUAGACGAAAACAAAUUUAAUGCCGAUUCCAUUCAAGAGUUAACUAAUAAGUUAUGCUAUUUGAAUGCAAGGUGCACAUCAGCUAUAUCAAUAGUAACUCCCGCAUACUAUGCGCAUCUAAUUGCAAAUCGUGCAAGACAUUGCCUCAUUAAGGAUAAACACGAUAAUUAUUUUCUUCCAGAAUUGAAUAAAAAUCGAAUAAUUUCAAUGAAUUAUGUUUAA